AUUAUGAAAUUGAAAUGAAAAAAAUACUAGAAACAAAUGAACUUUUUGCUGAAAGCAUGUAUCAUAUAGAAAAUGAUGAAGAAAUGCAAUAUUCUGAUAAUCAAGUUCUUACUCCAUUACAAAUAAAAAAAUUUCAAACAAUAUUUUCUCAAAAUACUAUUGAGGAGAACAAUGAUGAAGGAGAAAUUAAUGAAAAAUUAACGGUUAUUUUAAAUCAGCAAGAAAAAGAAGCAUUUAAUAAUAAACUUCGUACAACGGUCUGUUGUAAAACUAAAUCAUGUUUAACCAAAAUUGACCAUGAACUUGCAUUUAAAAUUUUUUAUGACAUUCGAGGAUUAACAAAAGCUGAGUAUAGUAUGUUUUUAUUAGGGACGCUUUAUGCAAUGAUUCGUCCAAAUAAAACAUUACGCGGUAAAGGAAAACAAAACUUAACUAUAAAAUACACUUUUAAUGGAAAUGAAAUUU